AUGGUUAAAUUUCAAACUAGAAGGCCUCCAGAAUUAGAAGAUAAGAUUGACAGAGAAACAUUUGAAAAUACAAUUCAUCAAUUAAAUACUUAUUUUGAAGAAGCUGAAAAAGCAUCAUGUACAACAUAUUGUGAGGGUUGUCUAGCUUGUUUGACUGCAUAUUUAGUUUAUAUGUGUUCUCAAACUCAUUACGAAAAGUGUCUUCGAAAGGUAGCAAAAUUUAUUGCUGAACAAAAUCAAACAAUUUACGAACCACAUAAUCUUCACAUAACAGAUCCAGUCGAAAGAGGACUUAGAGUUAUCGAAAUAGCCAUCUUAGAUCAACCCACAGUGCCAAAAACGUGA